AUGCAACAAGACGAAUUACUGGAAAUAGGCGGCAAAACGUUCGGUUCGCGGCUCAUCGUCGGCACCGGCAAGUAUGCCACCAUGGAACUGAUGCAGCAGUGCCACGAGGCCUCCGGGGCGGAUAUGGUGACCGUGGCGCUGCGGCGUAUGGAACUGCCGGACAGCAAACAAACGCUGCUGGAUUAUAUCGACCGCGACCGCUUCACCAUUUUGCCCAACACCGCCGGGUGCUACGACGCCGAGUCCGCCAUUCUCACCGCCCGGCUGGCGCGUGAGGCGGGGCUGUCGGACUUCGUCAAGCUGGAAGUGAUCGGCGACCAGAAGACCCUAUUCCCGGACGUGGUGGAUUUGCUGGAAGCGACGCGCGUGCUGGCCAAGGAAGGCUUCAUCGUCAUGCCGUACACCAACGACGACCCGGUAAUGGCCAAGAAACUCGAAGACGCCGGCGCCGCCGUCGUCAUGCCGCUCGGUGCGCCGAUCGGCUCCGGCUUGGGCAUUUGCAACCCCUACACCAUCCGGCUGAUCCUGGAGGCGGUGCAGGUGCCGGUGAUCGUGGACGCGGGCGUCGGCACGGCCUCUGACGCCACGGUGGCCAUGGAGCUCGGCGUGGACGGCGUGCUGAUGAACACCGGCAUCGCCGGCGCCAAGGACCCGCUGGCCAUGGCGAACGCCAUGCGCAUGGCGGUGGACUCCGGCCGUCUGGCCUACAAGGCCGGGCGCAUCGAGCGCAAGCUCUACGCCACCGCCAGCAGCCCCCUGGAGGGCAUCAUUGGCACCUGA